CGAAAUUGGUGAUCUCAAGGCUCUUUGCUCUUUGCGGACCCCGAAAGCUCGUACAGUUGAGCGGCUUCCUGCAAAGACUUUGCCCGAUCGGCGGCGGCACGAUCCCUCCUCCUGGCUCCCCGGUGACGAUUCACCACCCUCGCCCCUCCUUCCCCGAGGCUCAAAGGCUUUCCACGAGAAGGUGGCGCGUGCCACGAUUUUUCGGGCCCGUGUGAGACUCAACGUUGCUCAAAAGGGCGAGUGCCCGCGCGUGUGUCCAUAUGUGUGCGGCUUCUCCGCGCAAACUUCACCGUCUCCGAACUUUCUCUCGGUAGCCUCAAAUGACACCUGCGACUAUUGAAUUUUUUCACCCCAUCGUCCUCCGAGAUAAUCCAAUGCUGAGAGAUUAACGCGAAAUAAUAUUGAGAAUAAACGGUAAAGAUAAGGAAAAUAAAAAAUCAAAUAAAAGAAUAAAAACGAGUGUUUGUGAAUCUGUGUUUUUGUAUGUGCGCGCGUGUCUGUGUCGCGAGCCUCCCGCUUUCCGUAUAGCGCCGUCUCCCUCGCUCCCACGACGAACGAGACGGUUUUGCGGUCCGUGGCUCCCGUUAGAGGGUUUCUUACGCUCGGUUCCCUCCCCUCGACGUCAGUCAUUCAACGCAGUCGUUGCCGUCAACUACCAUCUAUCUCUCGUGGUCUUGGCCACCGUUUCUUUCUCUCUUUCUUUUUUCGCGAAAAAAUCGCACAAACCGCGUCCCCUCUCUGACAUCGUGUCCACCAACACGUACAUUUGUAUAUGCAUAUACAUACGAAUAUAUAUAAUAAAUUAACCGGCGAAUUUGACGUCGUUACGGAAGCCGCGUGGUACGUGCGUAAGCGUUACUUUCUUUUUGCUAUUUCAGUAUAUCGUAAGAUCGGAGUGCAGUGGCAACAAAAAGUGAAUCUUGUGCUGAAACGACGGUAAAGUAAUUCCGAAAAAAAACGAGCUGGAGAGAAGAACAAACUGGGACUGAGCUCGUUGGAAAAUCGUCGUAAACGAAAUCGCGCGAUAACGAAAGUUCGUACGAGGCUCAACUCCGGAUUCGGGCUAUUUCCAAUGAAAUCGAAGAGUUGGAAAGAGGGUCGGGGAAAAUAAAGAAGACGCAUUUUCAAAUUAUAGUACUCACGAUUUACACAACUCGAGAAGGAAGCGCGUGUUAAAAAGAAGAACGAAGAUAAGCUUAUUUCUAGUCCUACUUUCUCAAAGCCUUGAGAAGAUUGAAGAGAGAGAAUGAGAAUCGAAGCAUAAGCUUUGUAAAUUGUUUAAUAUAUUGUCACCGGUUAUUUCCGGUUAUACUAAGGAAGAAAAUCAUCAGAAGCGGGAGUCGAGCAGAAGAAGAAAAAGAAGAAGAAGAAAAAGGAGAAAAAAACAUCGUCACGGUGAUGACUCGGAUCAAGCAAUUGACAUUGCGUCGAUCGUUUAGCGAUAGUUACGACGAGGGGACGAGUUUUACGUUGAAAAAACGCUGACGAGAGGAGUCCUCGGUGGUUACGAUUCAGGCCAUGAGCGGCCCGACAAGUCUCCAGAGGGCUGCCCCGAGUUGCUGUCAAAAACAUCGUUCUUCGUCUCAUCACUAUCACUACCGUCGUCAGUGUCAUCGGCAUCGUCAUCGGCGCAACGUCGUUUAUCACUCUUCGAACGGCGACAUCACGGACGAGCGUGUCAAUAAGAGACAAUUGACGCCUUUGCGCUCAAAUAGUUGGAACGAGGCACGUCAAGAGACCACGAGAGUCUCGUUUGAGCGUGAAAACGAUGAGAAUUUGAGGGAAACUAGAGGCGAUCCCGGCCUCAACGAUGAACAAACGAAAGAGCGAAUUUUUAUGCAACACGAAAAAAUCGACGAGCCACCUUUUUAUGGAAAAACUCAUCCGCGAACGUGCGUUCAGAUCAAUUAUGGGAAUUCUAAGAGGCCGAGAGACGUGAGGCCACUCGUCGAUAUCAAUCAUCACGAUAGCCACAAGAGAAUUAAAGUACGCAAUGACGAUGAUAGGUUUAGUUGGCAAUUUCACUUUUCCGAUGUUUUAACGAGGCGAAGUCGACGCGACGAUACAACACCUCGGAGACGUAAUGGAGGACAACGGAGUUUUGCUUCGAAUAUAUUUCUACUCGCAACUGCCGGUGCUUUUCUCGCCCUCGCGAUCGUCGCCCCACCCGUGUCGGGUACGUCGAGCGAGAAGCACGAGGCAUCGAGGCCAAGAAUGGGAGGAACGGGCACGGGUACGACACUCCCCUCACCACCCCCAAACGUACGAGCGGAGAGAGUUCCUGUUGUAGAUACAAGGACGUCGAGUACCAGUAGCACGAUAUCAGGUGCUGAUAUAACUGGCAGCAUAGAUCUCUUAGCAGCUCUACAAUUGUACAACACUACGAGAACUGGCGUUACACAAGUUCCAGGCCUCGACAGACUCAGACCAGCUUACUACCUCGAAGACAAGGAAAGAGAUCUUCGAUUGAACGAAGCGAGCUUCGAGCGAGCGGCAGCGUUACUCCGGCGGGUUCCGGACUUCACGGUUGCCGCUGCAUUGCGCCAGGAUAAAGCAAAUUCCGGAACGAUCGUAGCCUUCUCUCACGGCAACGAUAGGUACUUGGAGCUACAGAGCAGCGGUCGGAAGGAUGAACUCCGAUUGCACUAUGUUUCUCGACGUGACGGUGCCGUACACAUGGAAACAUUUCCCUUUCGUCUUGCCGAUGGCGCGUGGCACAGAGUAGCCCUUAGUAUAAGCGGCCCGCAGGUUGAGCUUCUCGUCGACUGUCAUCCUCUCUACAGGCGGUUUCUCAGGCCAGGACCACCCGACACUAAUUUCACUCUACCAAAGCUCCAACUCUGGGUUGGCCAAAGAAACGCCAAGCAUUCUGUAUUCAAGGGUGCUCUGCAGGAUGUCAAGCUGAUACCAGGUCCCCAUGGUUACCUGUCGCAGUGUCCACAGCUAGACUCGUCCUGUCCCACGUGUGGACAAUUUUCCAUACUUCAAAAUACCGUCGAGCUGCUCAUGCACGAUUUGAACGAGCUUACUCAGAGGCUAGCUGCUGCAGAGGGUAGAAUAAGCCGGGUCGAAGAAUGUGAGUGCCAAAAAUCGUGCAGAGCCAAUGGUACUGUUCACGAGGACGGUGCUACGUGGGAAAAAGAUUGCGAACAAUGCUCGUGCGUACACGGUGUUAUCGAGUGUAAGCCAACCCAAUGUGCACCCGUCAACUGCAAAUAUCCAAUUAUCCCGCAGGGACAAUGUUGUCCAGUAUGCCUCAAACAAUGUCUUUUGCACGGUGUGAUUUACGACCACGGUGAAAAAGUGUCGCCAAAACAGUGCAGGGAGUGUAAUUGUUUCGACGGUGUUUUCACGUGUCAGAGGUUUGAUACAGAAACCAUUUGUCCUCCUCUGCCUUGUCCAGCUAGCGAGCAAAUAAGUGUUGCCGAAGAAUGCUGUAAAUUUUGUCCAGGUGUGGAUUACUGCGCCAAGGGUCACAAAUGUCACGCGAAUGCCUCCUGUCUCAAUCUACAGACGAAAUAUGCCUGCCACUGUCAUAACGGUUUCCAGGGAGAUGGUCACAACUGUAACGAUGUUGACGAAUGCCAACAGCAGGGUGGCUUGGAUGGUCACCAUUGCAACGCGAACACACGUUGCGUAAACAUAGUUGGUGCUUAUACCUGCGAGUGUCUUCCCGGCUAUCACAGAAUCGACAAAUUUAACUGUGCCGAAUUGGACGAGUGCGCGACCGGCCGUCACUCGUGUUCGGAGCAUGCUACGUGCAUCAAUACCGCCGGUAGCUAUUAUUGCGUGUGCAACGAAGGCUAUUCAGGCGAUGGUUACACAUGUAAACCGGUGUGCGAGCAGAGCUGUCAGAACGGUGGUGAAUGCGCAUCACCCGGCAGAUGCUCGUGCCGUCGUGGCUACAUCGGUAACAGCUGCGAGCUCGAUCUGGACGAGUGCGCCUCCGAUCUUCAUCGUUGUCAUCAUUCCUCAACGUGCUUCAAUAUGCCAGGCUGGUACUACUGUCGCUGCAAGCCAGGUUACCGGAGUGCGCUCCACGAGAGCAACCAGGGUACUCAAUGCCUCGACAUCGACGAGUGCAACGAUCAGACGAUCGAGAGAAGACACACCUGCCAUCCGACCGCCAGGUGCGUCAACACCGAGGGGGGCUACGAAUGUACGUGCCCUGCCCAAGAAGAUGAACCGCGUAGCAGUAACGUUGGUAGCAGCCUUCGUAACGCGUCGACUCAACAGGCCGAGUGCCGACUCAGUUGUUGGUACGAGGGCCGAGAGGUCAGUAAUGGCGACAUCUUCGUGCCAUCUGGUAAUCCGUGCAGACGAUGCGAGUGCAAGGACGGCGUUGUUACGUGCAGAGAACCCGAGUGCGACUGUAGUGCAGCCGGCAGUCCGAAUGACAAGUGCUGCCCUCAAUGCGAUCCUACUGCCUCGUGCAGACACCAGGAACUUCAUCAUCUCGUUUUCAGAAGUGGCGAGAGGUGGAUCUAUCAGUGCCAGACUUGCGAAUGCUUGAACCGCGAGAUCGACUGUUGGCAAAUGGAGUGCCCACCGGUAACGUGUCCCAAUCCAAUAACCGAGGACGGUGAUUGUUGCCCAAGAUGCGAGGAUGAUCCUUGCGCUAGAGAACUUCCAAGUUUGCCAGGUGCCUCGGGGAACAGCAGCAGCGCUCAUCUUUCCUCAUCAGGAAAUCCUCAGCCCUGUAGUUAUGCCGGAUUUAUGCACGAGAGUGGCAGCUCUUGGCAGGACUUGCACGACAAGUGCACUACCUGCGAGUGCAAGGUGCCGUACUGCGCCCAAUUGGACGGUCAAUUAUGCUGCAGCUAUGAUUACCGGUGUGCUGGUGAUUUGGAGGACAAGCGGGACUCAGCACUCGCUUCUGGCAAGUCUCGUACAAGCGAUUUAUCAAGUGGCAUGCAUACUGUGGGGCAGAUUAUCGAUUCAUCGGAAGGAGCGUUAUCAACGGGUUGGAGAGAGUAUCCGAACACACCGCUCAACGUCAUCUCGUCGCGAAGUGGUGUUGCCGGGAGCCAGGGGCUCAGAUACAGCGAGGACGAUGUAUCCAGAAGGCGCAACGGCUUUGAGGAUGUUAAUUCCGAAAUUACAACAAAUCCAAGCGGUGGUUUUACCAGUGAGAUAUCAUUGUUACGAAAUUCACGGUUUUCCUCGGACAUGCCGUCGUCGUCGGACUUGCACGUGGACGUCGUCUCUUCGGGGAGUGUCGAGGGAUCGGAGAGCGGGGAGCACGGGCGCAAAUCCCGUCGCGGUUCUCCCGAGAGUCCACAAAGGCGGAAUAGCGAUAGCGGAGUUCCGUCGAGGGUGUCGCAAUCUUCAACGACGACAAAGUCACCGUCGAGUUUGGCGUCGAGGGCGGCGACGCCGACGAAGUCGACGACGUCGAAGAAGACCACGCCGAUAGGUCGAACCGCUGCAACCGCAGCCGAUCAAGCUGCUGCCAAAAGCUUAAGAGCAUUUAAUAAAAAUAUUCAGCCUCCCAGAUACUCGACGAGUCGCAAUCUGAACGAGAGAAAAACGAGUUUCGCUUCUGACAGAAGACGCAGAACCGAGCGCGGUCCCCGUCUCAUAAACGGCAAUCCAAGCGGUCACGAUGCGACCUGAGAUACUUUAUUCGCCAAAUAAACUCACCGAGAUAUGCGAAUCGUUCGAUUCGCGCUCCAAGCUUUUCUUAUUAGAUGCGCGUACCCGAGGUUUAGCAAAGGGCAUGAGAAUACAAACGCGGGACAGAAAUCGAUGCGGGAGAAGAGAACAAAUAAAUAUAAGACGUGGAAACAGACGAGAGGGAGAGAACGAAAAGUAAAAAUAAAUAUUUAAAAAAAUACAGGCAAAUCGAACAAAAGCUACGAGAUAGCAGAGAGUUGUGUUGCGAUGAGGAAACAACGAUGAGAAUAAGCCGGUGAUGAUGAUUACGAGGGAAAGUGUCCCUCUGAGCUGGCCUGAGUGAAACUGAAAUAUAUACGAGGAUGACUAACGAGUCUCGGAACAUUAACAACAGAAAAAAAGAGAUAAAGAGAGAGAAAAAGAGAGAGAGAUGGGGAGAAGAAAGCAAAGAGUAAGGUCUUGUGUAGCUCAUUAACGCGACAGGAAUAUCCAGCUGGCUCGACGCUUUUAUAUACGGUCUAUCGUCGCUCGCACACUCGCCUUAGCGUGUGCUUGUACGCGUGCGUGUAUCUAUCAUUAGCUGUGUACGCCCUGCAUUAAACCAAAUGUAUCAUUUGAGCUCUCUCUACUCGAUCUGAUUGUUGAGCAAACGACAAAAACUACGACGAGAAUAAAUUCGAUGAAAAGUAUAACAACCAGAUGAAUGAAUAAAUAAAGAAAAAAUCAAAUACUCAAACGUUCACAUACAUAGGACAUAGACAGGUUGAGACACACGGAAACAGAGUAACUGAAUUACGAAAAAUAUACUCUUAAGUACCGAAUGCGCCCCUUACGGAAAAAAAAUAUUGCUUUUUCAUUUGCACGUCGUUCGGAAAACUGUUGAUAAAGCUAUUUAUUCACGGUUGCUCAGAAUUCAUUCUGAUUUCUUCUAUCUAUAAUUAUUGAUAAAACAAUUAUUAAUAAAAAGGUUAUAACUAACCUGAGAUAAUUGUUGAAAAAAUUCAAUAGUACCGAAGCAAAAUCUUCGCGUUCACAAUUAACAAAUAUUCGACAGUUUUCUUCGUCGCUGUAACGAGGAAAUACGAAACAAACGAGUUACAAUUAGUAUUGUAUUUGUUAAUAAUUUUACUAGGAGCAUAUUCGAUCGAUGAUUUCAGUACAACUGAUAAUUCGAGCACUCUUUCGUAAUAAUGUCGUCGAACGUCAGUAGUAACGAAGACUUAAAUUGAUGGCACAGUUCUAAGUUACUAUUGUUCUUGGAAAUUUCAGGUUGUUGAGAAAUCAGUAAUCAAUAUCGAGAUGAAUAAAUAUAUAUAUACACGUAUAUCUAUAUUCCAUUCAACCUACAAAUUUAAGCAGUGCGGUUUCCAAUAUUAAUAGAAAUGACAACUUGACCAACUGUUACUAUUGUUCUGUGAAAUUUAGGAUUAUCGAAAGUCCAGUAAUAAUUAUUGGCCGUAGAAAUACCAUCGACAGUUGCUAUUUCUAUAAAGACAAGAAAAAUAUAAAAAAAAAAAAACAACAUUUUUAAAUAGUCACACCGACCUCGAAAAUUAAUCUCAGCUCUUCCAGUUGAACAGCAACUAUUCGCCUUCCGAUAGAUUUUUUUUUUUUUUUUUUUUUUUUUUUUUUUCGUAAGGGACACGAGUAUCAUAUACAAAUAUUGCAGAUAUAAAAACAUGUCGCAAACUUCGAUGCGAAAAAAAAAGUAGGAACGGCGAGAAGGAUUUGUUCGAGUUUAAUAAUAAUACAAGUAAACUUUAUGAUUGAAGUAAAUUUUUCGAAGAAAAACAAUCGAACAAAAGAAACUUGAUAACCAGCGAUGUUGUGAACGUUGAAUGCAAAAAUGUUCAUUCUCACCGAAGCUUUUUUAACUUCUUUACGAUUGUCCGAUUUUUCAUCCAAGGGAGAAAAGUAUCGAGAGAUAAUUGUGAUGACAGAAUCAUGAGUCACAUAAACAGGAGAAAUACUCCGCGGAACGUUUUUUUGCACGGAAAUUUCAAGUUACGGAGAUGAAAAAAAAAAAAAGAAGAAAUAAACAACACACACACACACACACACACACACACACACACACACACACACACAGAGCAAAAACGAUAAAAAGGAGAGAAAUAAAUAGGACAAAAAUUAAAAUAGAGAUUCAGGAAUUGCGCCGCACGAAUCUCCAUAUCAGAGUGAGAGGAAAUUACUUCGUAAAAAUGAAAAAGAAACAAAUGAAGAGAAAAACAAAUAAACGAACAAACAAAUAACAACACCCUUUUCGUCCUCUUUUAUUAAAAAGAAAAGUAAAAUUUAAAAAAAAAACGAAAAAAAAAACGAAAAAAGAAAAAAACCCUGCUCGGUCGUCAGAUAAGAGGAGAAGUGCCUUGCAAAAGGACGAUCAAUAUAACGCCAAACAAGAUUUUUCGUACUUGCGUAGUACACUCUACUAUAUUAUUCGGGACUAUACAUAUGGGCAUGGAUACGCAUGUGUAUGUAUAUAAAUACUGAUAAAUAUAUAUAUAUCUACACAUAUAUAUAUUUACACAGAUAUAUACGUACAUGUACUUUUUGUUUUGAAGAAUAAACGAAAAAAAAAACGAAAAAAAAAAUAAAAUAAAAUAAAAUAAAAUAACAAAACAAACAAACAAUGUGUUGUACGCAACGAGACAUUUGAAUAUUCUCGUUAAAUAUAUGCAAGAUAUAUUACCGAAACAAAUGGUCUAAGAGACAAAGAAAACAAGAACAAGAGAAGUAAUAAUUCGAUAAAUAACGUUUUAUCAACGUACCGUUGACUCCAUCGACUCAUACCUCGAAAAUCUCGCUCAAUCCAGCAGCGCAGCUUAUAUGACUACAUUCCUCCUUAAUUAACAAUAAGUAGGCACUAAUGAGAUGAAAUUACGGAAAUACGAACGAAAGAUUUUCAAAGAAGGAGAACACACGAAAACACGCAUUCGCGGGCGCCCGCGUGACACACACCCACACCCACACACACACACAAACACACACACACACACACACACAGACUUAUCCACACAUCCGCAAAUACACGUAAAUACACAGUACAUAUGCUGCAUAUAAAAAUAUCCAUGUGUGAGAGGAAUAAACGAAGUUGCUGUUACUUCUUGUGCGAUUGUGACCGAUAAUAAAACUACAGGCUGGUCUGGAAGAGAGCUUUUAAAGCCUUGCUCAUGGACUCGUGCUUUCGCGAAAAAAUUAAAAAAAUAAAAACAAAAACCCCCCAAAAAAAAGAAAAGAAAAGAAAAACAUCGUAUUUUACAUGUAUAGAGUAUAUACAUCGUUUUACAUGUAUAUUUUACAUUGUACAUGUACUACAAUACAUCGUAUUUUACAUGUACAAAUACUUAAAUGUACAUUUAUAGUACACAGUUUGGAAGGUCCAGUGAAGACACAGGAUUGGUAUAUUUCUCAUUUCCCUGCUGAGAUUAAGACUCGACAUUUUUCGCAUUGAUUUCCUUCAUUUUUUCUAUACUUUGGUUUAUUUUCAUGCAGUUAUACGUCAAACGUGUUUUACGUCAAACGUGUUUUACGUUACUUACGUCUCACAUGUUAUUAUAUACUUAUAUACGUUUGUAUGAGCGAAAAUAAUUACGUUAUGAUCGAUCAUCAUAUAUUUUGACUCGAAGUUGAACCAGCCCCAAAAUAUUACAUUACAAAUGAGUAUUUUGGAUCGUGCAAUAAUUAUUUUACACACGCUUUAUUACUAUUGUUAGCAUUGCACAGGUUGACCGAUUUUUGUUUCAUUUUAUAUUAUUUUUUAAUUAUUUUUUUCCCAUCUCCAUAUCAACUUGGUCCCAAUUAUAUAAAUUACACUGCAAAAGUAUCGAUAAAUCGGCGACAUAUUGAACGAUGAAAACAAUAAUAAUGUAGUUCAUUAAAUGUAUGAACUAUCGAUUAAGUUAAAUAAAUUGUAUAUUUAUUUUAAUAUCCUUUAUGCUCUAUUUAUUCAAAUAUACCAAUCCUUAUUUUCAUUGAUUAAUCGAAACGAUAAAAGAUAGAGAAGAAUACACGACGAAGUACAUAUAAAGGAGUGCGAGAGGAAGAGUAGGAUGGAAGAAAACGAAAUAAAUUGAAGGAGGAUGAAUAAACGAAAAAACAAAACUACGAAAUAAAAUGAAUUUCAUGUAGAUAAGAACGAAAAUUUUCGAAACUUGAUUAAAACUCGGAGUUCGAAUUACCAUAGUUCGUUUAUUGUGCAAUAAUUCGUUUCUAAGUAGCGAUUAUAAGAGGAUACGGUGAACAUGUGGGCUAGCGUCUACCUAUUUUGAACCUCAUUGUUUCUUCCUACUUACCUUCCUGCUCGCCAUCGACUCUCCUCGACAGUGCGAUCCUCCGAUGUCACAAAGGCCUCGAUAUUCGAUCGAAACUCUCUCUAUCUUUGUGAGUGAAUGGAAACGAAUAAUGAGAUUAGACAAACAAGCUGAAUAAUGUGUCAUGAAUAUAUAUAUAUCGAGUACCCGAAUUAACAGUAUAAGUUCAACACAUCAACGAGAUUACGAAUAGUACGAGUUGCCUCGUCAAGAUAAGAGCGAAGGAAAUCAUGCGAAGCAAAUAACAAACAAACAAACUGAACAUUCUAGUCAUCUUCGAUCGGUUUGAUCGGAAUUGUUUCUUUCAAUCUCUAUAUUAUACUUUGUACUAUUUUUACAGUUGAAUUUCUGAGAGCCUAGCAUAUUUGUAUAUUAUGUGGAUGGCGGUUGAAAAACUAUCUGCGGGGUGGGAGAAAUCGAGUGAACAACGCGCACAUCGUUCAAGUGCGCUCCGCGUCCUUUUAUCUUGCAAAUAAUGUUCGUCACCGUCGUCAUGAUUAUCCGCUCUUGGACUUCCUCCCCCUCCAAACCGUCGCGAGAUUACAAAGGAUUCAGCAAGCCUUUGGCCUUGAAUGUUUCAAUUCAACUAUCAAUCCUGAGGAACUGAUUAGUCGAUUAACAAAUUAUAGAAAAAAAAAAAAAAAGAAAAAACGAAUAUUCGAAAAAUGAACGACAGAAGGAAGGUGAGAAAAAGAAAAAGAGAGAGAGAGAGAGAGAGAGGAGGGAGCAGAACGCAAUCCUUGUUCCUCAAAUAUGAUAAUAGUACUACCGUAACGAAGAAACAAAAUAGUAAUAGAAGAAGAAAGAAAAUGGUUAACUAAAUAUUAAAAAAUAGAAUGUACGAUAAAAACGUUCGUCGCGAUUGGACAUUAUAUUUCGUUCUUUUAUUCACAAAGAGCGCAACCUAAAAAGUUAUCGCGAUGGCAUAAGGAAUCUGACGAUUAUAUGAAGUAUUGUAAAGAGAACAAACAACAACAACAACAACAACAAUAACAACAACAACAACAACAACAACAAGAAAAACAUAAUUAUAAUGAGAUUCGUCCGAUGACUCAACUAGAAGUAUAGAUCGACGCCUAAACACUCGUACAACUGUGCAAGUGAUCACAGGCACUACGAAACUUAUUGUAUGAAAUUUUGAAAUAAAAAAAGAUGAAAAAUAUAUAUUAAUGAUAAAGUGAAAUGAAAAGUAAAUUGAAGGAAAUAAUAAUGGAAAUAAUGAUUAAAGAGUUUAGAGAAUGAAUGCUAGGAGGUGAAAAUCAAACGGGGAAAACUGCUCUCAAACAUGGACACAUAAUCCUCGUGUGAACGCGAUUCGGUGUCGAGAGAGGAUCGUUAUACCUCCUUCAUUUCUACCUUCUCGAGUGGACAACUUUCGAGUAAUUUAAUAUAAAAAAGUUGUUGCUCCAAUGUAUAUCGAAAUAUAUACAUAAGUGUGUGUAUAUAUAUUCAUAGUCGUGUGUGACACGUCUCUCUUUAUAUUUACCGUACACACAUUAUAUUAUAGAUAUACCUUACGAAUGUGUAGCCGCAAUAAAAAAAAAACAAAAAAACGUUGAUAUAAUAACGAAUGGACGAGAUAUAAUCGUUUAUGAAAAGUGCAUCGUUUCGUAUAAGAAUUAAUUAGGCUGACGCGAGAUUAUUUGAAUGCAAUCGAAUGUUGAGACGUGACCACUUUUUUCACGAUAGUUAAACAACAAAUCCUGGGGCUAUAUUAUUGAUCGGAUCUGCUGCAUGUGGACAUGUAUGGCUGUGUGUAUGCGUGCGUGCGUAUGUUUCAGGGGAGUUUGACAAAACCGUAAUGGGCAACGCGCGUCUCUCGUUUUUCUCGCAUCUCUCGCGCGACUCUCGGCUUUUCGAAUGAAAUAUCUCGUGGCCUCGUAUUUCUGUUGUCUUCGAUCGUCGAUAACAGAAAAAAAAAGAAAUAAUAAAAUGAAAGAAAAAAGAAAAUUGAAAAAAAAAAAAAAAGAUUUUCUAUUCAGCUUCGGGGAAUUGAGUUCAUUUAAGAAUGUACAAUAAUGUGUGUGAAAGAUACGCAAAAUAAAUUUUGUAUCGGUGGGCAUUUUGAAAAAUAUCUGAUCGUGCGUAAGAUAUAUUAGAAUUUUGCUUAUUUUCGAUCACACGUUGUCACGCAUUCACCUUCCCUCCGACAGUUUACUCGGUUCUGGUGACGUUAUUUAUUCUCCGUUUUCUUCGAAACUUCAGGAAGAACAUGAAAGUUAAUGGUUUUGGGACGAGAAAGAAAUAACGAAAUUUCGAGUCGUUUAACGAAUCGCAAAGCGUGGAAAUUCCUUUUUUGCUUUACAAUCGGAAUUGGUACAUUCUCGAGUUAAAGAAUUUCUCUAGGCUCAGAUAAAAAAAGGAUGUUUUACACUCUCGUUCAUCAGCAGUACACGAUUCCGGGGUUUUAACGCGCCCCGUUGAUAAACACCAUAGACACCAACCAACUCUCCUAUUAGAAUCGAGGGACAAUAACAUCUAUUUACAACAAGCGAGAAAAAAUAUUGAAAGGGUAUUCGAAGGAAUAUCUCAGAUAGUAACGUACAAUACUUAACAUACGAUUAUCUGCAAGGCAGUUUACGAUAUCAAAAAGAUAGAAGAAAUAAUGAAAAAUUGAAGUGGGGAGAAGGAAAUAAUGAAGAAACGACUUUACCCGUACUUUGACACCCCCCGGUCGCCCCCGCAUGCGUGUCAAAGGUCGAAAUUCUAUAUCAAGACUCGCGCGGUGCAAGCUCUAUCGAAUACAAUGUUUAAAUCGAACAAGCGUUACGAAAGCUCAUACAAUAGGGUGUACGUUUUAAUGGCACAAAAUGAAAAGUGAAGAAAAAAAAAAAAUAAAUAAUGAAUAUGUGGAAGAAGAAGACGAAGAAAAAGGAGAAACAAGUGGUGGUUUUAUCGAAAAAGUUGAUCAGAAGAUGACGCAUGAUUAAAAGUAACGAAAGCCCCGCGAUCAAACACUGCGUUUUUGCACGUUCUUAUCGGGCAUUAUUCUUCGUUCAUUCGUAAAUAUUGUAAUAGGCAGACAAUGAAAAAGCGUAUAGGGGGCUAGUAGUUGAAUACUAGGUAGAUAGGUAGACAUACGGUGACAUAAUGAUCAGAGAUGGAGAAAGGAGGAAGACUGUAAUUAAAAUAUUUUCAUUUCGAAUGGUCAAUGAAAACGAUAGAGAUAUUAUGAAUAAUGAAUAGAUAUAAAUAUAUAUUUUUUUCUUUUCCAACAGCAACAUAUGAGCCUCGAAUGUGGAUGGAAUUAGAAUCGACAUUUGUUCAGUUGAACACAGAGAAUCUAAGCUUUCCAUUCGAAACGCUCAAGUUUCUCGAGACUUUAACGCGACUCGUGUAUUCGCAUUGUCUCCCUGUCUCGAAAUGUAUUCGCGAAGAAUGAAUGAUUUUCUCAGUGCAGAUAUUCCGUGGCCUAGACGCGUUAUCACGUACAAUAAUUGAGGGCCUAAUAAAUCUCUUCCAGCACUUGUUAUCUCACGUAACGUCAAGCAGAACGAAUCUCAUUGAUCGCACAUCUUUACGGUUAUUUUUUCUUCUUUUUUUUCAAUCGUUGUAAGAUAAUAUUGCACUGAGAAAAUCGUUUAUGCGAUCUUGUCGAAACACAUAAUGGCUUGUUGGUCGAUCAGUACUGGCAUGUAAAUUUUCAAUCAAACAACGUUGUGCCCAUCGAUUCAUAACAUUUGGCACUCUGUUAUUCGAAAUCAGUUUAUUCGCUGAUACUUUCCGAAAAUUUUCUUCGUUUUCAAAUGUUCAACAAGCUAAUUGUACAUUUACAUUUUUUACUCAUUUAUUAUUUAUACAAAUUGACAUGUAAGCAUCGAAUCAAUUCUAUUACCACUGCAUAUCGUAUCGAAAACGUCUUUAUCGUUGGAUCGCUACGAAAUGAAGCGAUUUAUAUCCUUUCAGGUUGCUGGGCUCUUAGCUUUCUCCGGCUCUUGUUGUUAUCAAUACUCUAAUUAACAAAUAUUAUACACAGUAUGAAUAAAGAAAUAACAAUAAUACUACGUAGAAACGAAACGAGUAACGUGAAUGUAGAACAUGCGAAAUGUAUACCUCUAUCAAACAAAUGAAACAAAAUAAUCGUAAUUAUAUUUACGUUUUAUUCGAAGAGAAUGAAGUAACGAAAAAUAAACGGGAAUUCAUUGAAGGAGUCUAAGCGUCAAUAGUUCCAAAUAAUGAGAGAAGGAGAAAAAGAUAGAGAGUGAACGAGUGUCCAGUGUGAGAGACAAAGAGAGAGAGAGAGAGAGAGCAGGAGAGUAAAAGCGAGCGAGAGAGAGAGGACGCUUUCCACGUUUCCACGCUUGUUGUACAAUCGAAUGUUUCUAUAUAUGUACGUGUAAAUUUAAAAAAAAAAAAAACACAAAAAACGAAAAAAACAAACAAAAAUAUGUUGAUAGCCUAUGAGUAACAGCAGUAAUAAAUUGGAGCGUAAAAGUGAGCAAAAUGUGAGGGUUAAGACCAACGAAUAGUCGAUAUGUCCCGUAAAGAUUCUAGUCAGAAGUUGCGAGAGUAGAAGAGUAAGGUGCGAGCGAGCGAGCGAGAAAGAGAGAGAGAGAGAGAGUGAGUGAGGAGAAAAAAAAUUGUAUAUCAUACGAUAAAUUUUGAAAAUUAGUCGACGAUUGGGUGAUUAUUAUGAAAUAAUAAUGUUUAUGGAUAUCGAAAGCGCGACCAAUUAUCUUUGCGCUGAAACGGCAGAAAAAUAAAAACUGAUGAAGCUUGAGCAUUUACAGCCUCUACCAGACACUUAUCUCUCACCGCGGACUUGCAAUUCGGAUUUCUAAUAAACAUCAAAUCGAGAAGAAAUAUAACUGGAAAACAACAAUAAAGAAACAGAUGUGAAGUAAUGUUAAACGCGACGCUUACGAGGACUAUAAUUAAUAUUAUAUACUAUAGUGGAUACUGCGCAUGGAUCCGACAUAGACGAGAUAUUAUUAUUAUUAUUAUUAUUAUUAUUAUUAUAUUCGUAAACCAUCACUAUUCUAUAUGUUUAUUCAUGAAAAUGAUUAAUUAUUAAUUGGUUUAUUGAAUUGAUUGAUUCAUACGUUCAUUUUUUAUUUUCAUCACUAUUAUCAUUGUCAUUAUUAUUAUUAUUAUUAUUAUUAUUAUUAUUAUUAUUAUUAUUAUUAUUGAUGAUACAAUCCAUAUGAUACCUUUGUAAAUGAGAAACAAGACACUGACGGCUAGGAAAACAUAAUAAAUUGAAAUUCUAUUAACCGUAA